CCCAGCUGGAUGCCGCCCUCCAGCCUUUCCGGACUGAAGACAGGAUGGAUGUGUCCACAGCUCCCAAGCAAGCCUGGCCCCCAUGGCGCCCCCUCCUGUUCCUGCUCCUUCUGCCAGCAGGGGGCUGUGGCAGCUGCCCCUCCGUGUGUGACUGUGCCUCCCAGCCCCGGGCUGUGCUCUGUGCCCACAGGCGACUGGAGGCAGUCCCCGGGGGCUUCCCGCUGGACACGGAGCUGCUGGACCUGAGUGGGAAUCGCCUGUGGGGGCUUCAGCAGGGGAUGCUCUCCCGCCUGGGCCUACUGCGGGAACUGGACCUCAGCUACAACCAGCUCUCCACCCUCGAGCCCGGGGCCUUCCGGGGCCUACAAAGCCUACUCACGCUGAGGCUGCAGGGCAAUCGGCUCCGAAUCGUGGGGCCGGGGGUCUUCUCAGGCCUGUCUGCCCUCACCCUGCUGGACCUCCGCCUCAACCAGAUCGUCCUCUUCCUGGAUGGAGCUUUUGGGGAGCUAGGCAGCCUCCAGCAGCUGGAGGUCGGGGACAACCACCUGGUGUUUGUGGCCCCGGGGGCCUUUGCAGGGCUGGCCAGGCUGGGCACCCUGACCCUGGAACGCUGCAACCUCAGUACAGUGCCUGGCCUGGCCCUUGCCCGUCUCCCGCGGCUAGUGGCCCUGAGGCUUCGGGAACUGGACAUCGGGAGGCUGCCAGUGGGGGUGCUCCGGGGGCUGGGCCAGCUGAAGGAGCUGGAGAUCCACCACUGGCCGUCCCUGGAGGCUCUGGAGCCUGGGAGUCUGAUGGGGCUGAACCUCACCCACUUGGCCAUCACCCGCUGCAACCUGAGCUUGGUACCCUUUCAAGCGCUGCACCACCUGAGCUUCCUCAGGGUCCUGGAUCUGUCUCAGAACCCCAUCUCGGCCAUCCCAGCCCGCAGGCUCAGCCCCCUGGUGCGGCUCCAGGAGCUCCGGCUGUCGGGGGCGUGCCUCACCUCCAUCGCCGCUCACGCCUUCCACGGCUUGACAGCCUUCCACCUCCUGGACGUGGAGGAUAAUGCCCUUCAGACACUCGAAGAAACAGCCUUCCCUUCUCCAGACAACCUGGUCACCCUGCGGCUGUCUGGCAACCCCCUGACCUGUGACUGUCGCCUCCUCUGGCUGCUGCGCCGGCGCCGCCGCCUGGACUUCGGCAGGGCCCCGCCUGCCUGUGCCGGCCCUCAGCACGUCCAGGGGAAGAGCCUGCGUGAGUUCUCAGACAUCCUACCUCCGGGACACUUCACCUGCAAACCCGCCCUGAUCCGGAAGUCCGGGCCCCGAUGGGUCAUUGCGGAGGAGGGGGCGCAGGCCGUUUUCUCCUGCUCCGGAGACGGAGACCCGGCCCCCACUGUCGCCUGGAGGAGGCCUCAGGGGGCUUGGCUGGGAAGGGCUGGGAGGGUAAGGGUCCUAGAGGACGGGACCCUGGCGAUCCGUUCAGUGCAGCUGCGGGACAGAGGGGCCUACGUGUGCGUGGUCAGCAACGUGGCUGGUAAUGACUCCCUGAGGACCUGGCUGGAGGUAAUCCAGGUUGAACCACCAAAUGGCACUCUCUCCAACCCCAACGUCACCAUGCCAGGGGUCCCGGCGCUUUUCUUUCUGGAUAGCAGAGGUGUGGCUGUGGUGCUGGCCGUAGGCUUCCUCCCAUUCCUUAUCUCAGUGACUCUCUGCUUCGGCCUCAUCGCCCUCUGGAGCAAGGGCAAGGGCCGGGUCAAACACCACGUGACCUUUGACUUUGUGGCACCCCGGCCCUCUGGGGAUAAGAACCCUGGAGGUAACCGGGUCACUGCCAAGCUCUUCUGACCUUUCCUUCCACACUGGGGGCCCGGUCAAGACAGAACCAAGGCUACUUGGACUAGAACUUAGUCCCAAGCAACACAGAUCUCCAUCACCUCCCGCCUGCACUGUGCCAGCAAGUAACGGUGACUCCUGGUGGAGUACUGGGACAAUAUUGUCAUCUCUUCCCCGAGAGCUCCAGGUUGCUGAAGAUAUCAUAGACCCUGUCAUCAGCCCAGCCCUCCGCAUCCAUUGCCCACCUCUACACCACACACAUACACACACACAGAGAGAAAACAUAACCGAGGCACCCAGGCUCUAGUCUGCUGGUCUAACCACGAGGCUUCUUCACACCCUUACGGCCUUUAAUAACUACUAACAGUUGCCAACUACUGUUACAAGGUUACUUCAGAGGGACCGCUACUUACUGGCUUCUUUGAGUCUCUGCUCUUCCCUCCACCAGACUGACUCCCCGUCUUUUCUGCCCCAGGUACUAGGAACUAGAGCCCAGAUCCCUAAGAGUAAGCAGAGGAUGGGCGUGCGGGGUGGGGAGGACA